AUGUAUAAAAAAUUCUAUUUUAUUUCUAUUAUACAAUUAUUUCUUUUUCAAAUAUCAAUAUCUAUUCAUAUUGGACAUGAAGUUGGUAGUACAUCAAUGGAUUCUACUCAUUAUGAUCGUCAAUUAUUACAUCAACAAUGUCCAUUAAAUAGUGAAACAAAAGAUAUAUAUCGAACCAGUUUUUGGGCUGCUAUUCGUUCAUCAUCAUUAACAACAAAUACUAGUAAUCAAAGUAGUUUAAUUCCAUUUCGUAGACAAUUAAUUAUUAACAAUGGAGAAGAUCGACUUGUAACAAGAGCUUCAUCAAAUACAGGUAAUGUUAAUAAUAAUACUACUACUCAAUUGGGUAUUGAUCAAGCGGCUGUUGAUAUUAUUGUUGAUAAUCAAGUAAGAAUGAAAUGA